AUGAAUAAAACAUUGCUACUGCUGUUGCUGAUUACAAAUUUUCUUCUUGUGUAUUCUAUUACGUGUUACAAAGGAUUCCGAAUUAUUCGAGGCCAAGUAUUUGGUACGGAAACCGAAGAAUGUGAAAAUGAAACGGCUUACUGCUAUAAUAUGACCGCCGAAACCGCAUUAGUUUUAAAGAUUAUGAAAGCUGGUUGUUCAACCUAUAGGUGCAUGUUAUCAGCGAACACAUGCCGAAGUACAACAUUCCAAGGUGUACCUAUCAGCUUCUGCUGUUGCAAUGAACAUGAUCUUUGUAAUUAUAAUAAGGAAUAA